GGGAGGGAUGGAAACACAGGGUUGCUGUGUCUCUAGAGACGGUGGUUGAGCCUCCGGGCAACUGCAAUCGAGGUCAUCGGAUUUUUUUUUGGCUCAAAGCAGGUUACAUUGAUCUAGCCUGGUAAAGAUAUCGGGAGACCAUGACCAAGAAAAGAAUUGCAGUGAUUGGGGGAGGUGUGAGUGGGCUCUCCUCUAUCAAGUGCUGCCUGGAGGAAGGCCUGGAGCCAGUCUGCUUUGAAAGGACGGAUGACAUUGGAGGGCUCUGGAGGUUCCAGGAAAAUCCUGAAGAAGGAAGGGCCAGUAUUUACAAAUCAGUGAUCAUCAACACAUCUAAGGAGAUGAUGUGCUUCAGUGACUAUCCCAUCCCAGAUCAUUAUCCUAACUUCAUGCACAACUCCCAGGUCCUCGAGUAUUUCAGGAUGUAUGCCAAAGAAUUUGAUCUUCUAAAAUAUAUUCGCUUUAAGACCACUGUGUGCAGUGUGAAGAAGCAGCCUGAUUUCUCCACUUCAGGCCAAUGGGAGGUAGUCACAGAAUCUGAAGGGAAAAAGGAGGUAAAUGUCUUUGAUGGAGUCAUGGUUUGCACUGGCCAUCACACCAAUGCUCACUUACCCUUGGAAAGCUUUCCUGGAAUUGAGAAGUUCAAAGGACAGUACUUCCAUAGCCGAGACUAUAAGAAUCCAGAUAUUUUCACUGGAAAGAGAGUCAUUAUAAUUGGCAUUGGGAAUUCUGGAGGGGAUCUGGCUGUGGAAAUUUCCCACACAGCCAAGCAGGUUUUCCUCAGCACCAGGAGAGGGGCUUGGAUCCUGAAUCGUGUAGCAGACUAUGGUUAUCCUUUUGAUGUGUUAUUCUCUUCUCGAUAUAAGCAUUUUCUUUCGAAGAUUUGUGGUCAAUCAUUAGUAAACAGUUUUUUGGAGAAAAAGAUGAACCAAAGGUUUGACCACAAGAUGUUUGGCCUAAAGCCUAAACACAGGUAUGUUGCCACGAUGGGAGUGGGGCAGUAUGUGGAGAGCCAACGCCAUACCAUUCAGGGAGACUAUAUAGAUACCAUGGAAGAGCUUGCUGAUCUGGUGGGCGUCAGGCCCAAUCUGCUGUCUCUGGCUUUCACUGACCCCAAAUUGGCAGUACAGCUAUUUUGGGGACCCUGCACUCCAAUCCAGUAUCGUCUUCAAGGCCCUGGAAAAUGGAAUGGAGCCCGAAAAGCUAUCCUCACCACAGAAGAUCGUAUCAGGAAGCCAAUGAUGACUAGAGUGAUUGAAAGCAGUAAUUCCAUGACUUCAACAAUAACAAUGGCCAGGUUUAUGCUGGCUGUUAUUUUCUUUGCUAUACUUAUGACCUACUUUUAGCUGUCCCAUUUGUCAUUGCCCUAGUUUUUUUUUGGAAAAUUGGAUCUACAGAUGCCUUAAGAAUCUGAUGAGAUUGAACAACCCUCAGCUUCACAUUGCCCAGGAAUCUACUUUUAUUGCUUUUGCCAAAGCAUUAAUCCUCUGUCCUCUUUUCCCUAGAGUGAGAUGCUAGCUUUUCAUUCAUAUUGAUUUCCCUCCCUUCCUUUCAUGACCCAUCACUUUUUCCUUUUAGUAACCCCUGGACUAUGAGCACAGGUAUUCUUUUAGCCAUCUUUGUUUGUCCUUAGCAGACUUCUUUACAUGUGGUAUGUGCUUAAUAAAUGUUUGUUUUCAUUUAUCAAAUAUUAUGGUGGGGAGCAAAAGUCAAUAUCUGUAUAAGAAAUGGGUGACUCCAUGUAAUUCUGUAGCUGAUAGGAUUUGGUUUUCUAUUAGAAGCUCAAUCUUUUGUUUUUUUUUAAUAUUGUAACUAAAUGUAUAUCUCCUGACAGAUAAGAGAAAUAAUGGUCUUGUAUACAUCUAAGAUAAGAUAUAUAAACACUUAACCAUUUUAUUUCACUAGCUACUCACUAGUAUGUGUGAUACUCUUUUCCCCUAAGCAGCAUGUCUUUAUUUUUUCAAUGAGAAAACUUUCUUCAGCUUUCUAGGCUCAUGGGUCAUUCUAAUAAUCUAGCAUCUGCCAAUAGGUUCAACUUGGUUGAAAAAUUUGGGAUUUUAAGUUAGCUGUCCUAUCUUCUUUUGAUCUCUUAGUUCCCAUAUUAGGAUCCAAUACGACUUUGUCUUAGAUCCGUAGCUGCCAACUUUUGUAGUAUGGCCUAUGUAUGUGAUUUGAUUUGUCAUCCUUUACUCCUACUUUCUCCUCUCUACUCCCUCACACACACAGAAUCUAAGUAGUACGUAUUCAAAGAGGUCAUUUAUGUAUUAAAACAGGAUUAAGGGGCGCCUGGGUGGCUCAGUCGUUAAGCGUCUGCCUUCAG